CUCGCUGCAGGCGCAACAUGAGUACCGUUCUCAUGCCUACUUCCGAAUCGGAGUAUGUGCCGAAUUAUCUUUUCCUAUAUGGCGAUGAUCAGGCAGGUCCAUGCAAAAGCCGUCAUGUUAUGAAAGAAUUUUUGCGCAAGCGGAAUACCGUUCGACGCCAGGAACAGUUGGCUGCAAGAUCUCAAGGUCGAGUUCUUCCGUGGCUCCGUCGAGAAGAUAUGGUGCGACGACCAGAACGUGUGGAUGCUUUUGCAGACGACACUGGUGCUUCUCCAGGAUCAUCGUAUGCUGCGAGCUCAGCGGCAACUUCACCACAGCCGUCUCAAUGGACAAAUGCAAGCACAGCAAUCGAGUCACAUUCUUCACCAGCAUUCAGCUCGUCAGGAUCAAUUCGUCUGCCCAAUGCGGAGCGUUCAAUGGGAGUCUGCCACAAACAUCAUGACUUUCUGGACUAUUUGUUCCGAGUGGUCCUCGGGGGAAUGGCUGGGACGAGCCAGUUCAGUGACAUCUCAUCACCAGCAACAACAAUGGAUCGCCAUUCUCUAGAACGCCAACUGCCGGGACAGGUCCUCCUUGCUGUUUCCAGCCUUUGUCAAGACCUGGAAUCCGGUCACCAAAAUCCAUCUCCCCCAACCAUCACAUUGAUGCUUGAAAGUAUUCAAAGACUCAAAGAACAGCUUCACAAGCCUGAUGGCGUUGGCGAUGAUACUAUAAUAGCAAUGACCGACCUCUGGGUGUAUGAGGCGGUGUUGGCGAUGGAUCAUGUCGACAUGCCCGGACAGAAGCCAAUAAACAAUUCAGGCUCUUCUCGGAAGAGCAUUCAAACCCAUGUUGACGGGCUUCAAAGGUCGAUAAAGCAUAUCGGUGGGCUGAGCCGGCUUUCAUCGGAGACGAUGUGGUCAGUAGCUUGGUGUGUGGGCAACCUUCCUGGAUAUUCUCCCAUCGAUAUCAGCGUGGCGAAUGGCUCGCCUCCGAGCAUGGAGCGGCGGUCGAUCGGCUCUUAUUGCAGCUUGACCCGACUUUUGGACUUUCUGGCGACGAUACAGAGACUUGCUUCGUCACCGGAUUUCCAACCCAGUAUGCUCCACGAGAGAUCCUUCGUCACGAUGAGGCAGACUUUACUUCGUCUAGUGCAGAUGGGCACAGAUCAAAAAACACCUCUAAGGAGGAUGAUGAGAUCGACAGCCUUGCUAUCCAUCUUGUUCCUUGUUUUCGACAUUCUGCUCGGAGGUAGCGACAAAGGAGUCCAGGGGCCGAAAGAACGUAGGAAACAGAUGAUGAGGGCUCAAAGUAGACUCCGCGAGCAUAAUAUUGACCAAGAAGGGUCACCGCAGAAAGCCUGGCAAGUGCUCAUGACGCAGGCUGAAACACCAAACCUCCAACUCCAUCCAAGGGCGUGGUCGGUGGUUGAGAUGGUGAACGUUCUCAAGCAUUUGAGUGUGUCGACUAUGGAUUCAUUGUCUCAACUGCUGUUAGAAUGGGUUUUGCCUGAGACUUAUGAACACGUCGAGGAAUACAGGUAUGAGAGGAUCUUGUUGAAAAUACAUUGUGAGUUAGACAGGCUGGCGAGCCUUUCAUAG